AAAGAAAAACGUUAAAGAAAGGAAUUGGUAAAAAUAACGAAAAAGAAAGAACGCCUUUUGGCUUUUGCCCCUCCCUUCCAUUACAUACAUUAUCGAUUCUACAUUCUCAUCCAUUUCACCUUCCUCUUCUCAUCUGAUUCCCCCAGAAAAUUUAGUGAUUUUGCAGUUUUGAUUGAGCAAGAAAAAACCAAACUUGGGUAUUUAUAAACUAAAAUCCAUGGAGUCAAAGGCGCCACCUUGCCAUCCUACUUAUGAUUUGAAGGCUGUUAUCAAGCUUGCUCUUGCUGAAGAUUCUGCUGACCUAGGAGACGUGACAUCUAUGGCUACAAUACCAGCAGAAGUAGAAGUGGAAGCCCAUUUUUUGGCAAAAGAAGAUGGAAUUGUUGCAGGUAUUGCCCUUGCAGAAAUGAUAUUCCAUGAGGUGGAUCCUUGUUUAAAGGUCGAAUGGUGCCAGAAAGAUGGAGAUCAUGUUCUAAAAGGACUGAGAUUGGGGAAAGUUUAUGGAAAAGCGCAUAGUAUUGUAGUUGCUGAAAGAGUGGUUCUGAAUUUUAUGCAAAGGAUGAGUGGAAUUGCAACGCUCACCAAGGCAAUGGCUGAAGCUGCAUUUCCUGCUGUUAUUUUGGAGACGAGAAAGACGGCUCCAGGUUUACGCUUGGUGGAUAAGUGGGCGGUUCUAAUUGGUGGGGGGAAGAAUCACAGGCUUGGUUUAUUUGACAUGUUGUUGAUCAAGGAUAAUCACAUAUCAAUAGCGGGAGGUAUCACAGAAGCUCUGAAGUCUGCAGACCACUAUUUGCUGCAGAAUAAUCUCCAGAUGGAGGUUGAGGUAGAGACCAGAACCUUGGAGGAAAUUAAGGAGGUGUUGGAGUAUGCAUCACAGAACAAGACUUCCUUGACGCGGAUUAUGUUGGAUAACAUGGUUAUCCCACGGCCUAAUGGAGAUGUUGAUGUUUCCAUGCUCCAAGAAGCUGUCAGAAUGAUUGAUGGGAGAUUUGAGACUGAGGCAUCUGGAAAUGUUACUCUAGAUACAGUACACCAAAUUGGACAGACUGGAGUGACCUAUAUCUCUAGUGGUGCUUUGACGCAUUCAGUCAGAGCACUUGACAUCUCCCUUAAAAUCGACACUGACCUCGCGCUUGAAGUUGGGAGGCGUACAAACCGUGCCUGAUUUUGUUGCCGUGUGAACAGGUGGUAUCUACUGACUCACCUUCAUACUUCUUGCUGACAAAUUUUACUGAAAGUUUCCGGUUUCAGCAAAUAAUGUUCAUGAAUACCGAACAGAGAGCAGAUGCCCUUUGUUUUACUCUAACCUUUGAUUAUGUUGCUUCAUGUAAAGUUUCAGUCUUUCAGUCUUCGUAUCGAAAUAAUAACCUUGCUAAUCACCAUACUAUGGCUAAUGCCUAAUCAUAAGAUGUUGUCCUGGUUAUGCGUCUCCUGUAGUCUGGUUUCAUUUAAUAACAGCAGUAACAUUUUCUGCGCUCUGCUUUUCAUGUAUAACAACAGUGUUGUAGGAAAACUCGGUCUCUUCGGCAAAAGAAGUUGUUACUGCCACUUUGCUAGACCCUUUUUCUAACUGAAGGUCAACUAUUUUACAUAAUAACAUAGUACUUCCUUAGUUUCUUUCUA